CAUGUAUAGGAAGGGGACAGACACGCUUCAAACCGCGAAGCGAAGCCGUUGAGGGAGCAUCAUUCAUUUGGAUAAGUGAGUGAGAAGGAAGAAGAAGCACGAUGGCGACUCUGCAACUAAGCGAUUACUGCAAUCCAGUAGUCGCACUGAAACCUUCGCUCAAGUCUUUCUUCAUCAAAACUGACCAUCGCAACUGCUGUGGGGCCUCGCGAGUUCGCGUCGUCCCCAGAGCGUGUCUCCAGAAACCGUCGCUCACUCGGCGACACUUGCUGGCGGAGACCGCCGCAAUCUCCGUCGCUCCCCUUAUCUUAGGAAUUGAGCCACCGGCCAAGUCCGAAGAACCGCUUCUUUCCGAGUGGGAAAGAGUUUACCUUCCCAUCGACCCCGGCGUUGUUCUUCUCGACAUCGCUUUUGUUCCCGACGACUUGAGUCACGGUUUUCUGCUGGGAACUAGGCAGACAAUUAUGGAGACAAAAGAUGGAGGAAACACUUGGGUUCCACGAUCAAUACCCUCGGCUGAAGAUGAAGAUUUCAACUACAGAUUUAAUUCAAUUAGUUUCAAAGGGAAGGAGGGGUGGAUUGUUGGAAAACCUUCAAUUCUGUUGUAUACUUCUGAUGCUGGAGAAAGCUGGGAAAGAAUACCCUUAAGUGCCCAACUUCCUGGAGAUAUAGUAUAUAUAAAGGCAACAGGAGAGAAGAGUGCAGAGAUGGUAACAGAUGAAGGUGCAAUUUAUGUUACUUCAAACAGAGGCUACAAUUGGAGGGCAGCUGUUCAGGAGACUGUCUCAGCUACUCUUAAUAGAACAGUUUCUAGUGGUAUUAGUGGUGCAAGUUACUAUACAGGCACUUUCAAUACUGUAAAUCGAUCCCCAGAUGGAAGCUAUGUUGCUGUUUCAAGUCGUGGUAACUUCUACCUCACUUGGGAGCCUGGGCAGCCAUACUGGCAACCCCAUAACAGGGCAGUUGCAAGAAGAAUCCAAAACAUGGGAUGGAGAGCUGAUGGUGGCCUUUGGCUUCUUGUACGUGGUGGGGGACUUUAUCUCAGCAAAGGCACAGGGAUUUCGGAGGACUUUGAAGAGAUUCCAGUACAAAGUCGGGGUUUUGGCAUUCUUGACGUUGGAUACCGUUCAAAGGAAGAGGCUUGGGCAGCUGGGGGCAGUGGGGUUCUGUUGAGAACCACAAAUGGUGGCAAGACAUGGACCCGUGAUAAAGCAGCUGACAAUAUUGCUGCAAAUCUCUAUUCAGUAAAGUUUAUAGAUGACACAAAGGGGUUUGUGCUAGGAAAUGAUGGAGUUUUGCUUCGGUUUCUUGGAUAAAGUAAUAAUUUACAACAUGGUUUGUCAAUGAGGCUUGCAAUUUUGUACUGCUUAACCACGGUAUGAUGUGCCAUUGUUUGAUGCUGUAAAAACUGGCCUAAAUUUCAUUGAAAUUAUUAUAUUGUAAUUACUAUGUAACUAUUUUAUUCAUAAAAAUUACUCGGUUCAUGUUGAGGAA